AUGUAUACACCAAAUCGACAUACGGUAAGCGCAGCGUUCUUAAAACAUAUAUAUGUAUCAAUUUAGUAUGUUCGCGAACAUCGCUGCACGAUAUCGAAUGCGGCUUUUGUCGCUACUUCGACGCGAGGUGUAUUUAAUACGAUGUCCUUUCGUUCUUAGACGCCUCAUACGCCUUCUGGUCAGCCGUUCAAAUUCACAGUCACCGAAUCCUGUGAUCGUAUAAAGGAAGAAUUCAAUUUCUUACAGGCCCAAUACCACAGGUAAUAAAGGAGUGUUUCAAAAUCUCGAGCGCAAUACUUUUGGGCUUCUAUUAUAGUCGUCUUCGUUACUUGUAAUUUAUGAAUAUGUCAGCGCUCGACAGCCUCGACUUGCUAAUGGCAUAAAGGUAUUUUUCAAUUGGUAACAAGGAAUGUAAUAGCCCGUCGUAAUGGAAUAUAGGAAUAAACAUUUACGUGUUUUAAUAUAUAUACCUCGUAGGCUCGCUGUAGAUUUCCCUUCCCAAACUGUCCUAAAAGCAGGAGUAAAUUUUAGAGCUUGAUAUAUAGUUUGUAUCUACAGUCUUGGAUUUUAAACAUAUUCGAUUUUCUACGGUAAUUCUAUAGAACAACUCAAAACGUUCGACGGAACACAUUAAACAUUCGAAAGAACGCCCUCAUUCCCUUAAAAGUUCGAUCGAAUACUUUAUUCUAAAAACAUUUCGAAUCUUUAUGCCUUUGAUCAUUUGCGACUAGCUUUUUAUUACCUAAAUCUUUGUUAUAUUAAGGUAGUGGUUCUUGAAAUAUAUGUUUAUAUAAUUUUAUAGUCCUAUUCAUCUAUUGAAAUAAAUCGCAUGACAGGGCAUCUUCGUCUAUCAGCUAGCUAUUCUCGUGCUUAUAACUGCAUUUUACAUGUCAACUCUCACUUAAUGAAUCGAGACCUUUUAAUACGCCUAAGUCAUCCAAAUGCCACAUCAGAGGCAAAUUAAGCGAAUUUAUAUGCUUUGAACUCCCUAAGUCUUAAAUUCUUGUGGCUUGUCUGUCUGAAUAUGUAUUGAUUACGUGAAUGUCUUUGUUGCUUUCAUUCUGCGUGUGUCGGUUAGCUCUCUCAGUGCGACGCCCUAUGAAAUUAAUCCUAUCAGCCGCUUUUCAUCACCGUAUUUAUGUAUGCGUGUAUCCUUGUUUAGUUUAAAACUGGAGUGUGAAAAAUUGGCGAACGAAAAGACUGAAAUGCAGCGACAUUAUGUGAUGGUAAGUUGAUUUUGGGUUUAGCUUACAUUCCUAGUGCGCUAUCGCGAUUCAGCGUGAAACUUUUCCCAUACAAAGACCUUAGCAAUAAUACACAUCAACAAACGCAUACUAUAGAGCAAAUAACCCGAACCGAGCUCCCCCAAGAGAUAAUAGCAUUGUCGUAUACUUAAAACGCAGUGAUGUGUUUCAUAUAUUGUGUACGUUAUUUUUCAUUAACACUUGGCUUGUCCAUUGACCUCCUUACGCAAAUAGCUGGUUAGCACUAUGCUAUGGCGCCGAAAAUAUCCCAAACGUUGUUUUGUUUUGAAAUUCACUGGUGAAAACACAUUUUGUUGCAGUUGUAUGCCGCGGUUAUUUAUAACUUUCCCCGAUAAUAUUAGGUUUGUGGCUACGGUGGUGCGGUUUCUGUGUUUUGUGUGAAUUGAGUCGCUAGGCAUAUGUCGUCCGAGGUGUAAAGCCGCAUUAUUGUUUGUCUUAAUCUGCGUUUUUCCCAUGUUUAGUAUUACGAAAUGUCCUACGGUUUGAACGUCGAGAUGCAUAAACAAGUAUGUAUAAUAUAAUUUGCCUACAGUAUAUCUUUGUCCAUUCCAUUUGCUUAUUCAUAUAUCAUAUGAUUGUUAUUAUUUCAAAUGCAUGGCACGUUAAUGAUGCGGCAAACAUAUAAUGAAUGUUUUGUGCUUUGUUGUUUUUGAGAGGAAAAAGCCAUUUCCGCUUAAAAUGACCCGUCAAUGGAUCAAUAUUGCCUCGCGGUUGUUAACGAUCGAUGAAUUUCGUAAUUUCAAUUUAAUGUUCCGUUCGAACGUUCGAAAUCGGUUCCAUCAGUUAAUCAGAAACAUUCGAAAAUGUCACAAUCUCCCAUGGAAUGGUGCAAAUUUGUAGCAAAACAGUUCCUUUUUUGUUCCUACCGACUUUGGUGGUCGCGCACUCGAUGACAGAAGUGUUUUGUCGUAUAUUCGACUUAUCAGCUCUCAAAAGAAGCCCUCUUAAAAUAUUUGGUUACCAAGAGCUGUACAGAUAAUUAUUUUUGUGUAUGUGAAAGAUGUAUUUAUUAAGCAUAUUGAUCACGUAGAACCAUAGUGAGACUCCGAGAUUCGAACCCUUUGGCCUUGACUUUUGGCGCUAUUUUCGAUGUUUUUUCAUAACACGUAGGCUGUGUAGUGUGUGUGUGUGUGCUUAGUUGAGUUAGUGUUAGUUUAUCGUUGACAGAGGCAAAGCUUCGAGUGUUUGCUUAAGAAUGAUGUUGUUUUUAUGCCUUAAUGAAUAGGCAGCGAAAUCUUGUGUAAAUUUUAAUAAUACACAGACGCUUUCACAAUACAGGCUUCUUUCAAUGCCAAUACCGAAUUCAGUUCUCCCUCUCACAGGUACAAGUGGAUAAGUACAUCUCAUUCACAUGUAAAUUUUUUGGCUUGAUGACUUUAUCAACACACGGUUCGAGCUGUCUGAAAAUUGCGGUUAUCUUGCGCGCAAGCUUUUGCAAAUGCGUUUCUCUUAGAUAUUGUAAAUGAAGACGCGUGAAAAUUAGUUGCUUUCAAUCUAGACCCAGUUUAUUCAUAGCUCAUGAAGUCAUUAAAUAUAAUAGCCUGUCAUUUAGACCAUUUUUGACCAACAAGGGCCCUUGUGUGUUGUGCUCUUUACAUGGCUUCGCUAACAUAGAAUGUUUAUUCAUCCUUAUUGCGGGCAGACAUAACUCACAUAAGGAAUUAUCUGAUUUUCCGCCUUGCGUGGCGUGGUGCUUAUUUAAAUUUCGUUGCGAUAAUAUUUAGGCUUCAACUACAUGUGGAGGAUAUGCAGGACAUAUAUAUAAAUUAUAUAAAUGAAAUUUUAAAAAUGGGCUUCAGUAUGUGUUUGGGCAUGAUGGUCUGAUGCAGGUCAACUUCAGAACUCUUGACACUUAUGGAAACUCUCGCAAUUGUAUUUAUUUGCCUCCAAACUACUACAUAUGAUGAAAAUUUUCCCACUCUGAUAACCGCUGGUUGACCACUGCUGGCAAAUAUAAAAACAACGAUAAAAUGUUUCCAAAAAUGUAUCGUCGCAAUUAUCUACGGAUGACGCAUGACUAUUGCUUUCCUUUUAUUUAUUUUAUUAUCUCAAUGCAAGGCGACGAGUGAUGAGUGAAAUUAUAUUAGCCAAGUUCCUCACACCUUUGGCGUUGUGUUUAGACCUGUCGUCAGUUCCAUGCGAAUGUUUUCAUUUGCAAGACCUCCGGCCUAGGUUUGCCGCCUUGCCUGUUGUUAUUACACACCAUAGCUGGGUGUUAUUAAUAUAUAUUACACAGUCUCAAAUACUCAAGGUGGCUGGGUGUUUAGUAAUUGAGUGCUGGGAUGGCACAGUAUAAAAACUGGACUGGAUUAUGGAUGCAGAACUAUGCUUAAAUCUUCUUGGAUUCUGUCAUUCUCUAUCUCUUGUAUGUCCAGCAUCAGUUCCUUGAUAUUCAGAUAUUCUUUUGUACAGUCUUCUCUUCGUAUGAAAUGCUUCAUCUCCAUACCAUCUCCACAUAUUCUGGCACUGACUUUCCUUCAUCUUUUCUUACUACCUGUAUAUACGUACCUGCCAUACUGUCUCAGCUUUGCACAACAUCUUCUGAUCUCUUCAUUCCAUAAUGUAUCUGAACAGCUCUCCUUCAUCUCUUCUUAUUACAUGUUCAUACCAUCUCAACCUUGCUUCCCUCACCUUCUCUGCAAUGUCUACCACCCCACAUCUUUUGAUCCUUUAUUCCACAACGUCUCUGACCAGCUAUCCUUGAUCUCUUCUUAUUACGUGUCCAUAGCAUCCUAGUCUUGCUUCCCUCACCUUCUCUGCAAUGUCUACCACCCCACAUCUUCUGAUCUCUUCAUUCCAUAAUGUCUCUGACCAGCUCUCCUUCAUCUCUUCUAAUUACGUGUCCAUAGCAUCCCAGUCUUGCUUCCCUAACCUUCUUUGUAAUGUCUACCACCCCACAUCUUUUGAUCCUUUAUUCCACAACGUCUCUGACCAGCUCUCCUUCAUCUCUUAUUACGUGUCCAUAGCAUCCUAGUCUUGCUUCCCUCACCUUCUCUGUAAUGUUUACCACCCCACAUCUUUUGAUCCUUUAUUCCACAACGUCUCUGACCAGCUCUCAUUAAUCUCUUCUUUUAUUACAUGUCCAUGUAAUCUCAGUUGUGCUUCCCUCACCUUCUCUGCAAUUUCUACCAUCGCGCAUCUUCUUUUCAUCUCUUCAUUCCAUACUGUCUCUGUGAUCAACUCUCCUUCAUCUUAUUUCAUGUCCAUAUCAUCUCAGCCUUGCUUCUAAGCCUCACCUUCUCUGUAAUGUCUCCACCACUCCACAUAAUCUUUUGAUCUCUUCAUUCCAUCAUGUCUCUGACCAACCCUUCUAAACCAUUCGUCUUUUAUUAAACACAUCACCGCGUAACCAUCCACAUAUAUAAAUAUAGCGAUGACAGAUUAAUCUUAUAUUUGACACGGAAUUGAUUAUCCCUUAGGGUAGUACACGAGUAAUAUCGGUCAUAUUUAUGAACCAUAGAGACUAUAAUCCAGGCCUUAAAUCCAGUCCCAAGAGCAGACAAGAGUCCUGGAUUUACAACAUGCCUUCCUAGGAAAAGUAUUCUUCUAAGGUUUAUAUUAAGUGGAUUAGAGAGACAUUAAGUCUUGUAUUGAAACAUCUUAUCAAACACUGCAGGUCUGAUCUUUGGAGGAUAUACCCAAAUAACUGAUGAUAGAUUGAUCCUGGGUGUAGCUUGUGGUUUUCCUCUCCUAAUUGAGCGUAUAAUCAUGCCAGAAAAUUUUCUAAGUCUAGUUUCCUCUAAUCAACUUUCAAGAGAACAAAAUCUGCCUUUACUCAGAGUUUAAGGAGGUUACAGCAAACGUAUUUUGGGUGUUGAUUGCACAGUGCAUGUCGUACUGCCUUUUACCCUGUGACUUGGGUGUGAUUCCUGCCUACAGUAUACAGUUUCAUUCAAGUUGCAUGUGUGAAGAGGGUCUUUCCAGUUUGACCGUACCAAACACGACCCGUUUUCUUCUGGUACUCAAUUUACUGCGUGACAAAGAAAUAUCUUCCUCGUUUAUCUGUACGCAUCAAAAGUGAUAAGGGCCUUAAAAAGGAAAAAUGUAAGAUAUCUAAUUUGGCUGUAUAUGGAUUGAUAAGCGCAAUACACAAGAUAGCGUUGGAAUGAGGUUUAAGAGGAUUGCGUCAAUAGGCUCCUAAAAUACUGAACAGCUUAUUAUCAUUUACUCUUUGUUAUAACGCACUUUAUUAACCUUGAAAUCUGAGGGUCUCAUAUCUUGUCUUUUAUUACCCUGUCACUCAACGAUAUUUAAGCCAAGUUUCACUGACAAACCUUCAGGAAUUCCGUUCUCUUGAGACAUGAUACGAUUGAGAAACAUUGAUAAAGACGUGGCAAGAUGCCAAAUGAAACAAAUUAGCUAGCUAUAAUAAGAAACAUCAACCGCAUUUUGUUGCUAUCAGCAAUAUUGAAGAUGGUCCAAUGGAGAUUCUGUCUUCACCUUCUAGAACUGUUUUAAAUACGCCAGCCGGGCCAGUCCUUGCCUUGGAAGGAGUUAAUGUAGAAACGUAGUAAUGUUAUAAAUUACGGCAACCACUGAGUAUUUUGAUAAAAUACAACACGAUAGAUACUCCGAAAAUUGAAAGCAUUUUGAAUAUUUAUUUCGACUUUUCGACUAAACUAUAGUCAUCAAAAAAAUAAAAAUUAAAAAAUAAAUAUUCAAAAUGCUUUCAAUUUUCGGAGUAUCUAUUGUUUUGUAUUUUAGUAUUGUUAUUUAUAAGUACUAUUCGCUCAAUUACUACUUCAUGCGUUAGACAAUGCCUGGUCGCCUUUAUAUCGGUGGCAAAUAGACACAUUUUGACCAACGUGGUGUCCCAAAAAAACCCAAAACUAUUGAAAUGACGUAUUAGAAUUUGAAUGCCUCAGCACUCCGCUGAUCCCAUAAGUGCAUAAAAGCUUGACAUAAGUAAAUUUGAUGCAUAAAGAAACUGUUUAAGAAGCUGCUUUAAAUUCCCAAUUCUUGAGCAGAAAUUCGCGCGCUUUACAAAGAUUUACAGGGUGUCCCAAAAAAACCCAAAACUAUUGAAAUAAUAAAUUGUUAGAAUUUGAAUGCCUCAGCACUCUGUUGGACCCACAAGUGCACAAAAGCUCGACAUAAUUACAUUUUAUAUACAUAAAGAAACUGUUUUAAGAUGCUGCUGUAAAUUUCCAAGAGCAGAAAAUUGCGCACUUUACAAAGAUAUUUUAAUUUCUUAAUAAGUCAAUAUUUAUAAUAUAUGCAUCCUGUCAAUUUUAGGCAUCUUUGCGUUCACCUUUGUGCUAGGGCAUUCAAAUUCUAACAAUACGUUAUUUCGAUAGUUUUGGGGGACACCCUGUAUGCUUCUGUAGAAUAGAACAAUAGUAACUAGGCUUGUGAGUUAUCUACACUUGUGAAUAGACCUAGAUGAUUUGAUCUAGACAAGUCUGGACAAAAAAUUCACCGCUUGAAAGAGCAUCGCAAAAUUAGUAAUAUUCCGAAGUUUCGUUGCGAAAUGUUAUAAAAUGCGAAUAAUAUAGCCUUGCGAAGUUUGCCGUUUUUCAGUCAUUUUGUAUUACAAACGGGAAAUUGAUAAUCAGUUUGAUCAAACUGAUUAUCAAUUUCCCAUUUGUAAUACAAAAUGACUGAAAAACGGCAAACUUCGCAAGUCUAUAUUAUCCGCAUUUUACAACAUUUCGUAACGAAACGUCGGAAUAUUACUAAUUUUGUGAUGCUCUUUCAAGCCGUGAUGAAAUUUUUGUCCAGACUUGUCUAGAUCAAAAUUUCACUCGUAGGGGGAAAGGUCUAUUGGGUAGACGCGAUGUGCAGGUAGAAUAGAACCAAGGUAACUAAGCAUUAGAAUUAUGUAUAAGAGUUACUCAUUCGUGUAGAUAAUUGUAAAACUUAGUUACCUUGGCUUGGUUCUAUACUUCUGUAAACUAGAACAAUGAUAACGAGGUAUGAGUACCAGAAAACGCGUAUUUCCAAGAGGUUAAUUCAUUGGCUCCCUCCUCCCCCCUAUCUUGAAAUCUGGAUUAUUCUACUAAUGUGUUAGUAAUCUUACUACAAAGAAUUCACUUCGCAUGUGAAAAAAAUUGCUAAUACGAAUUCUGUAAAUAAACUUGUCAUCAAAAGGAAUAUUUGAAAGGAUAUUAAAAAUAUCCCUAGGGAGCCGUAUUAAAUUAUCAACUUAAAUAUUUGCUAAUGUUUCCUGUUCGGGUGAAAACAAGAUUUACAGAUAUGGAAUGUUAAUCAUGGCUUUUUUUAAGAAGAAUUCAAAAAUAGAUCAGACAUAUUGCGUUAUCAGUACUCAUCGCAAAUUUAAUGACGGAGUAUACAUAAUGUGGUUAUACAUUGGAAUAUUGGGGGGGGGGGGGGGGGCAGUAAGCGCAUCGCCGCAUCACGGGGCAGCAGAUUGAAUGUUCACACUGACACUUCCAAAUACAAAGCUACAUGUAGUAUAUAUCAUAAAACGAAUAAACACUAUUUUCUCACACUGAGAAAUUGCAAUUUGACCACCAUCUGCCUGCACGAUAUACCUUAGUAAAAACCUACCUAUUUCCAUAAUAGUGCCACAUUUGCAAGUUACAAUUAGGUAUUUUAUCGUUUAAUAUUUCCCAUCAUGCAGUUACCAAACUAUAAUUUUUCGCUAUAAAUAAUUUCUCUAAAUGUUUUCAAUUAUUUUGUAGACUGAAAUAGCGAAACGUCUGAAUGCAAUCUGUGCCCAAAUCAUACCAUUUUUAUCGCAAGAGGUGAGUGACUUAACUUUCUAGUCUUUAUUUGGUGUACCUCAAGGUUUACACGUGGGCCCUAUUUGGGUAAAGAUGCUUUGUUCCAGUCCUAAGUUUCUAUUUUUUUACUUCUAGCAUCAACAACAAGUUGCUGCCGCUGUGGAACGAGCAAAACAAGUCACAAUGACUGAAUUAAAUGCCAUUAUAGGAGUAAGUAUCCGAAAUAAUUUUGGAUGUUUAACUGUUUUUGGUAUGAAUCAACACGUUCAUAUACUCGUUUAGUUAGAGACAAAGUUUAGUCUAGAUUCAUUUUGGGUAGAGUGUUUAUAUAUGACCGUUAUUGGCAUCAAUAAACACGUUUAUAUACUUAGUUGUUCUUCCUAUAGCGGUACAAUGAAGGCCUUCCAUUAAAACUGGAUAGCUGUAGCAAUUUUGAAAGGUUUGGUGUAAAUGCCUUCCCUUGUACGAGCAACAUCUAAUUUUAUUUUUGUAUUUUUUUAUGUUCCAGCAACAACAACUACAUCAACAAGGUCUGCCUCACAUUCAUGCGCCACCAAUCUCACUUCCUCAUGGAGGACACCCGCCACACCUGCCCCCCGGUAUGGCCGGUGUGAUUGAACUAUCUGGCAUAUCCGGCAUCAUGCCUUCACACAACAUGUCUCUUGUACCAGGAAUCAAGGAUGAAAAAGGUCAGUCGCUUAUACAGGUCGCAUGAUGACACAAAACGGUGCUUUGCUUACACAGGGUGGCAUUUCAUUAUGGUGUGGGUGAAUAUCAAGAUUCUCAAGGCAUCUCGCUCAAUAGAACUAACAGUUCAAGGGAAAUACUUUUCCAUAUGUUCUUAACUUCUUUUUUUUAUUUCUUACAUAUUUGUUCCUGCUUGUUGUUGAUUAUGACCAUCAGAUCAUCCGGUAAGUUGUUUGUAAGAGUAUGGUUGAAAACGUCCAUCCAACCGUUAUUUGAGGUUUGUUAGUUAAAGGGAAGCAGGUGUUAAACAUGUUUUUCCUCGUAUAUUACAGCAUUCAAUCUCGCCUCUCGGCUCAUCUUCAAGGGCAGAAAAAUUUCGACCAUCUGAUCAUUCGUCGCAUGACAGUGAUGACGGGAAAGGUAAAAUACGAGACAAUUCUACUGCACUCAACUAACUUUAUUUGUACGGGAUAAUUCUUUUAACUAAAAAUCCUUUCUUCAGGAUCGUCGUCAAACACGAAACGAGCACGUGUCCAUAAAGAUUCCGACAGAGUAAGUUUUUUGAGAGAAGUGGUGUAAAUAUUCCUGCAUAUUAUCAUUACGAUCUGACUAUGAUUAUUUGUUUACUUCAGGAAAGUGAUGGAGACAAGAGCGAUGCUGAGUUGGUCGUAGACGAGGUACUUAAGCGUUUUGUCUAGCUUUGAUAAUAAAGACUUGAUGAAGCACUCAGUCACAGAAUAAAGUUAAGCAGAUGUAAGCAGAAUAAAUACUAUACCUAUGUCUUUCUUGUACUAUGUAGGAUGCGUCAUCACCACCCGGGAUACAAAAUGGCGACCGUGAUUCACCGAUACACGAGAAGAAACCGAAAAAAGAUGGCGGUAGUCCACACAGUGUCUCAUCAAACUCGUCAACUCCUUCCUCGAAACAUAAAGUACGUUGUACAGAACUUAAGACAUUUGUAUAAUUGAUAAUUGUUGUGGACAUAAACUAUUCAGUUCUUAAGCCCGGGUUAAAUGAGGAUGAGAAUUGAUGACAGUUGGAACUCUCGUUGACUCUCAGCACUCUCGUCAAUUCUCAUUGACUUUGAACUGAUUCAAAUUUUGAUGAGUUUUCUCUAUCGCGCGGUAAUAUCCAGUCAACUCUCAUCAACUCUCAUGCAACUCUUGUUUUCGUUUGACCGACACGAGAGUUGAGAAAACUCUCAUGCAAACUCUCGCUUCUCAACUCUCAUGCAAACUCUCAUCAACUUUCGUACUCUUGAAGCUAUAUGCUAUGAUCUUCGUUUUCAGUUAAAUGACAAGAAGCCCACGUCACAGUCUGGGUCCUCUGGUUCUUCGUCAAGUCCAGGUCGUGGUGUGGCGCCGUCGUCAGUAAGAAGUACGUCAGGUCCUUACCCCAUGAUGAGUCACGGCAGCAAGUAAGUAAAGUAGAAAAAUUUUGGUCAAACGUCUAGAGCUAGUAAACAGUAUAGUGUGGAGUAAUUAAAACAUCCUUUCUUUUAGCGAUAUUGGUGGAAGCUCGUACCCUCCUAUGUUACAACAAUCAAUGUCGCCAGGUAAGGUUUAUUAUAUUGAACAUUUUCACGUCACUGACCAUCACUGUCACUAUGACUAUGACCAUCGCUAUGAUCAUCACCAUCUUCAUCAUCACCACCAUCACUACUACUGUGAUGAUCAUCGUCGUCAUCACCACCACCAUCACCACAUUCUGUCCUAUUUUUAAAGAAAGUUUGUUUGUAUUUACCACAAACUCUCGUCGGAGUAGGACUAAAACAAUGUCUCCCAGUGUUUGUUCAUUCAGAUUAAAUUACUUUAUUUACUCUGGCUCACUGUGAGACAACAUUUGUUUGUUAUCAAAAUAUAUCAUAAACAUUUGUUGACUGGUUCGUUUUGUUGGCUCAAUAGCUCAAAUGGCUCAAAAUGCUCAUUGUUAUUUUUAAUUUGCUUUUAGGCAUCUCAUACAGACCAGGAAUGGUAAGUCCUUACACUAAAUGUUAUGUACUAUUUAAAACACGAACAGGAGUGCUUUAUCAGAUAUAAAACACGAGAGCGCAGCUCGAGUGGUUUAUAUCUGUAUAAAGCACGAACUGCGAGUGUUUUAAAUGGCUUAAAAAACCACACAUCUAAUGAGUUCACUGGCGAAGUAAUUUUAAAACUAAACGUUGUCUAAGUUGAGAAAAUAAAAGCUAAAUUUCAUGUAAUUGAACAUGAUUUUUUAUCACAUAUAAAACCAGCGACAUGUCUUUUCCCCAUCAAUUAUUAAUGAGUUUUAAAAAUUAUUUUAGAUUGCAUCCCCAAUGGAUAGCUCAAGUCGAAUGACACAUUCUCCGGGCAUGCCCAGCAUCGCGAAUGGAAAACCUACAUACUCGUAUAUUGUCAGCGAUGGUCAGACACAGCCCGUACCAUUCCCCCCGGACGCGCUCAUGGGUUCGAACAUACCACGUCAUGCGAGACAAGUGAAUACAUUAAACCAUGGCGAGGUUGUCUGUGCUGUGACGAUCAGUCAUCCCACACGUCAUGUUUAUACAGGAGGCAAGGUGGGUGUCGUUACUAUGGAGUACCGCACGUCCAGUUGUCGUGUGUUUGGUUUUAGGGACCGGUCAUAAAGUAACUGCUAGGGUGGACUGGAGUGAUUUGGGAUGGGCCAUGGAAAAUCUUUGGGCCGUUGGGAUGGGUCGUCAAUUUUUUUGUAUGUCCACGGUUGGGUCACCAAACAAAAACCCAUGUCGACUUCAAAAAAUAAGGAUAUUAAUAAUAAAAGUAAACAAAACUAUCCAAAUUAUCAAAUGCAAAUGAUGCUAUUGAAGCCAGUACUUUGUCAGUUUAUACAAGAACAAGAAGUGAUCGAAUCACAGCAAAUACAACCAACUGGAGAGCAGCUCAGUAUCGUAAUUGGUGUUGAUUGUGUGUUGGUCAGUCAAGCUUGGUGGAAUUAUGUAUGUCAAUGCAGUGCCGGUGUAUAUUUACAAUGUUCAUACCUGCACGUGUAUUUUCCCAAUUUAAAUUGGGUUGGGGUGGGUCAUGAAAUAAAUUUGGUAAGAUUAGAUGGGCUUUGAAAUUUUUAUGUACAUCCUAAGAUGGGUCACCAAACUUAUUGGCAAAAUUUGUGAUAUACCUCCAGCCCACUCUAGCAGUUACUUUAUGACCAGUCCCUUAUAACGUACCAAGGGUGGAUUUUCAUAUCUUUAAAGGAGGGGUUGGAAAAUUUCUAGUGGGGUGCAAGCAGCACCACUGAGGGAGCUUCGGCAGGGGUUAGGCGUUAGGGUUAAAGACUUUCAUAUAAAAAUAGGAGGGGUGAAGCGAAAUUUUGGUGAGGUUGAACACUUUAUAAGAGGGGUUAGAGAGAUUCUAGGGGGGAUUUAAUCCCUCCUAACCCCAGUAAAUCCGCCCAUGUAACGUAUUAAUGUUAAAUUUCUCUAUGUAGGGUUGUGUAAAAGUGUGGGAUAUCGAACAAGUAUCAGGAAAAACGCCUAUUUCAACUUUAGAGUGUUUGGUAGGUUUAAAAUAAUAAAAUAUUCGGAAGUCGUAAAGCAUGAGCCGCCAUGUUGUAUAAGAUAUAGACCAGUGGCUGGGUAUUUUGUACGAUACGAUUGCGAAUGCUGUAUAUAGCUUGUGAUUCGUCUUCAAUAAUCUUAAAGACACGAAUGAUCUUUGGUGAGAAAAAUUGACUUAAAGUUUACGUAAAUCACCACGAUACAAGCUCCUUGACGGUCAUGAUUUCCUGUGUGUUUUCUUUAUGAAUUAUUCGUGAAUAGACCUUAUGCAUAAUGACGUCACAAGGCUUGAUGCCCGCGAGGAAUGCUGGUCUUAGUAGUCAUCGCCCGGGAAAAUUUCGAUAGUGGCCAUUUUGAAUUGUUUAAUUUUCCCGGGCAAUGACUACCAAGACCAGCAUUCCUCGCGAGUAUCAAGCCUUGUGACGUCAUUAUGCGUAAGUCUAUUGUACAAUAGACACCUUAAGGCCAAUUGUUAGCUGAGCUGUCAAAAACCUGUAGAACUUGCUUUCAAAUGCAAUUUGAAGUUUGCUAUUGUAACGUAGACGUAAUGUAUAAAUAAUAAAAUCGUUCAUUUCUGUAGAGAGAGAACUACAUCAGGUCUUGCAAGUUGCUGCCAGAUGGAAGAACAUUAAUAGUGGGUGGCGAAGCAAGUACAUUAACAAUAUGGGAUCUCGCGUCAUCUACACCUCGAAUUAAAAAUGAACUUACGUCUAAUGCGCCAGCAUGUUAUGCGUUGGCCAUUAGUCCGGACUCUAAAGUAUGCUUUAGUUGCUGCAGUGAUGGAAAUAUUGCCGUGUGGGACUUGCAUAAUCAGUCUUUAGUACGGCAAUUUCAAGGACACACUGAUGGCGCCAGUUGUAUUGAUAUUUCUCCCGAUGGAACAAAGUUAUGGACAGGUAGGGGGGGAGUAAAUAUUAUUAUAACAGAAACAAUAUUUCCAUAACUACCAUCAUCACCACCAACCAUCAUCAUGAGCCCAUCACCACUACCAUCAUCACCACUACCAUCACCAUCAUUACCAUCACCACAUGACUACCAUCAUGAAUUCAUAACCAUCAUCACCACCAUCAUCAUAAUCAUUGCCACCAUCACCAUCAUUACCAAUACCAUCAUCACCGCUACCAUCAUCACCAUUACCAUCACCACAUCAUAACCACCAUGAAUUCAUCAUCAUCACCACCAUCAUCAUUACCACCACCACCAUCAUUACCAAUACCAUCAUGGACUAAUAUUUCUGUCACUACUUCAGGAGGAUUAGAUAACACUGUUCGUUCUUGGGAUCUACGGGAAGGCAGACAGUUACAGCAACACGACUUUAGUUCACAAAUAUUUUCACUUGGAUAUUGUCCAUCUGGAGACUGGUUAGCUGUGGGGUGAGUAUACCACGUGAAUUCUCAAGAUCGCUUUAGGGUAGCUCACAUUCAAGAACAUGUACUACCUCUGCAUGAUCUAACCAUGCUUAACUCAGCAGUGAGUUAUGUACAACAUGAGAUCACUUUAAGGUAGCUCACAUUCAAGAACAUGUACCACCUCUGCAUGAUGCAACCAUGCUUAACUCAGCAGUGAGUUCUGUACAACAUCAGAUCACUUUAGGGUAUCUCACAUUCAAAAACAUGUACUACCUCUAUAUGAUCUAACCAUGCUUAACUCAGCAGUGAGUUCUGUACAACAUCAGAUCACUUUAGGGUAGCUCACAUUCAAGAACAUGUACUACCUCUGCAUGAUCUAACCAUGCUUAACUCCGUCAUAAUGUUUUUCACUCUAGUAUGGAGAACAGUUACGUUGAAGUUUUGCAUCAGACCAAACCGAGCAAAUACCAACUACACCUUCACGAGAGUUGUGUUUUAGCUCUGAAGUUUGCGUCGUCAGGAAAGUGGUUCAUCAGUACAGGGAAAGAUAAUUUACUAAACGCGUGGAGAACGCCUUAUGGCGCGAGCAUAUUCCAGGUAUGGCCUUUGAAAAUGUUUAUCAAGCCUUUGAAGUAAUAUAUCUUAAUCGAAAACAAGUUUGUUUUAAUGAUUUCAAACACUGAGAAAUGUCCAAGUUUUCAGCAUACUUUGAGAAUAAAUUAAACAGCCUUCGAGUUUACGAAAUGUGACUUGAAAAAUUACCAUGAAGUGCAGCAAUAUAGUUUUGUUUUUGAAUUUGUUUAGAGCAAAGAGUCGUCGUCAGUUUUGAGCUGUGACAUCUCGACGGACGAUAAAUACAUUGUCACAGGGUCAGGCGACAAAAAGGCAACGUUAUAUGAGGUCAUGUAUUAGGGUGGUUCAUGGUUGAUAAAUGGCUACCAUGACUUAAAUCAGCUGAUUAAUAUCCUGGUAUGCGUGAGUACGAGUUACUACGAAUAUGCCACGAUGCAGGAGCGAAGAUGGUACGAUGAUGCAGCGAAGAAGCCCAAUGGUGCUGAGAAAAUCAAAUUGAAAAGAUCAUUUACAUUGUUCUCCAUUGUACAGACUCCAAAGCCACAACGUUAA